AUGGCAUUAUGCAAGUUCCCCAAGCCGACUCUAAAGAUCUGGGAAGAGGAUGCGCGACACCUCGGGGAUAUUUUGGCAGAUUCGCUACCACCCGCCCGAGAUCCGCAUGAACGCACAUCCUUGCUGUCUAUCGACAGUGCUUCCUUCGAGCUCGAUACACUAGUAACCCUCCGCCUAGCUCACCACAUAGACCAAGCCGAAACCGGUAUGCGCCACAAGGCUGGUGUAGAGCCCACGGCCGAGGCACGCCUUCGUUCAAAGAUUCUCAUGCAGUAUCGCGAGAUGCUGGAGAAUGCCACUGACUGUGGUAUCGGGACAGGCAUCGAGCAUGCUGUUUGUACCAAGUCUCUGGGUGCAAAGCAAGCCACGUCAGCAGCACCACUGGCAAGUUCAACAGGCAAUGCAGCUAAUGCAGAGCAGGCUGCGGCUGGGCGUGUGAAUGCAAACGAAACCAAACGAGCGAAUGCAUUCACCAAGAAAGGCUUGCCUCGUUUCACGAUCGGCGCCGAAGUAUCCGAGGCGCGUCCUCUUCAAACAGCGGCUGGGCGUGGAUAUGCUCUUGUCUUUGCUCAUGGUCAGAUAUGCCUGGCUCAAGUCCUUGACAUCUACAAGAAGUCUGGCGGCAAGGUGGGCAAACACGGCUAG